UUCGCUGGGCUUCGCUGGUUUUCGGGGAAACGCGGGGAGGCCAAAGACUGCUCGCCAUUUUUGGGUUCCCCACCCCCGAGUUUUUGGAACACGACGGUGACGGGCGUCGCGACGGCACUCAACUCGCGUCGCUCUACUCGCUCGGGUAGCGGUUAUUUUAGUUACGUGAGGAAAGUCGCAAAGAAAAAGCCGCCACCAUGGACGCGAUCAAGAAGAAGAUGCAAGCGAUGAAGCUUGAGAAGGACAAUGCUCAGGACAAAGCUGAUACCUGCGAGGGACAGGCCAAAGAGGCGAAUCUCCGCGCGGACAAAGUUCUGGAGGAAGUCAACGACCUGCAAAAGAAACUGCAGCAGGUUGAAGCCGAUCUUGAAGCCAACAAGCAGAACUUGGAACAGGCCAACAAGGACCUCGAGGAGCGUGAAAAGUCCCUUACCAACGCCGAAUCCGAGGUGGCUGCUUUGAACAGGAAAGUACAGCUGAUUGAGGAAGAUUUGGAACGUUCUGAAGAGCGAUUGGGAACCGCAUCCACGAAACUUACCGAAGCAUCUCAGGCGGCUGACGAAUCUAGCCGUAUGUGCAAGGUAUUGGAGAACCGCAGUCAACAAGAUGAAGAAAGGAUGGAUCAACUUACCAACCAGCUCAAGGAAGCACGUCUCCUUGCUGAAGACGCUGACGGCAAAUCUGACGAAGUUUCCCGCAAGUUGGCCUUCGUUGAAGAUGAACUUGAGGUAGCUGAAGACCGUGUCAAGUCCGGAGAAGCCAAGAUCAUGGAGCUUGAAGAGGAACUCAAGGUUGUCGGCAACAGCUUGAAAUCCCUGGAAGUGUCCGAGGAGAAGGCCAACCAACGAGUUGAGGAAUUCAAGCGCCAGCUCAAGACCUUGACCGUAAAGCUGAAAGAGGCGGAAGCUCGUGCCGAAUUCGCCGAAAAGACUGUCAAGAAGCUCCAGAAGGAGGUUGACAGGCUUGAAGACGAGCUUGGAAUCAACAAGGACAGAUACAAGUCUUUGGCCGACGAGAUGGACUCCACCUUCGCCGAAUUGGCUGGAUAUUAAUUACUAUGAUUUCCCACCCAGAAGUCACUAUACCAAUUUCAUCGAAUAUGUAAAAACUGUCCACCAAAACUACACAACAAAGAACAAAAACUACACAACAUCGAAAAUACAUGAUUUAUUAUCACCACAUUAUAAUGUUAAUGCACGGUUAUAUAAAUAUUAUAUGUUAAUAAAUAUUAUUACUACAAUUAUUGUACGAUAUCCAGUACGGUACACGGUAUUUAAUAAAUUUAAAGUUAUAAACUAA